AUGAACGAGAUAGAACAAGUUCCGGAGAGAUUUCAUGCUUAUAAUGCGUGUUCGGUUACAUUUAAUCGAUCUUACAAACGUAUAUCUAAUGGAAUGGAUUUAUACUAUUUAAAUUUCCUAUUUAGUCUUUUUUUAAUGUUAACUGAUUAUUCACCAAUAAUCAAUGCAUAUGAUUUUCAAUGUUUAACAUGUGACAAUUUUAUUGAUGGACCUGGUUGUGGAGAAUUUACAAAACAAAUACCCGUACGAACAUGUAGAACAUUUUGCUAUUUUGCUAUUAUAAAUAAUCGUUCGUUAUCAUCAUCAUCUAUAUCUAAACGUGAACUUCUUCCAAUAACAUUAACAAGAGCUAUACGAGAUUGUUCACCAUAUGAUGAUAUGUCAAUUGAAGGAAAUAUAUUACUUGAAUCAAAACUUGGUUCAUUAUCAUUAUCAUCAUCCUCUCAUAUUGAUAUAAUUACCAUAAAACGAUGUAACAGUGAACAAUGUAAUAAUGAUUUUUACUUAAAAUCGGACGAAUUUCUUUUUGGAACAAGUUCAUCAUAUCGGCAAAUAUCAUUUCCACUUCUGUUUUUUUUGUUUAUGAGUAUUUUUUAUUUUACGAGCAUGUUUUAA